AUGGAAAAGAGGGGAGCCACGGUGGAGAUGGUCGCCAUGGAGGGGAUGAUCGCCAUGGAGAUGAUCACCAUAGAGAUGAGCCCCGUGGAGGUGACUACCGUAAAGAUGACAACCGUGGAGGUGAUCGCCACGGCAAUGAUCAUGAUGGCAGUCAGAGGAGACGCAGCCCCGAUCGCCAGAGGGACCGUGAACAUGACAGCGACCACAGCUCUUGUCGGCAUCGCCGCGGGAGCGGCAGUGGCAGUAGCAGUGAUGGCGAGGGUGAUCAUGGAAAACACGGGCACAAACACAGGCAUCGUCAUGGGAGCGGAAGCCCUGGCCGUGGUCAUGGUCACGGUCGUGGUCGUGGUCGCGGGCGUGGGCAUGGCCAUGGGCCUCCAAACUAAUGCAGUGAAUCCAGCUAACAACACACUCCUGAUCCUGGCCUCGAAGUCAUCAUUAAUACCAACCCAGCCUCUGGAGCUGUCCCAGCACACUGUGACCUCAGCCUUUAUUUACAGGGUCCAGAUAAUUCAAAUCCAGUCUGCUCAACUACUGCUCAUUUCUAAAGUUUUAAAGCAAAAUAUAAAGAACUGGAGGGUUGCUCAGGACUUGUGCACAGCACUGGAUAUGAGAUUCAGGAGAAUCGAUAAAAGGGUUUCUCUAAAUACAGGCAUAUUUGACAGUAGCAAGCUGGUUGAUAACACGGUGGUUUACUAA